UAUGUCUCGUGUUUUCUGUAACUGAUCGGAAACGUGAGUGCUGACCUUAUUUCUUGUUUUAAUCAAUGCAUUGGAGUCACUUUAUGAGUCUCUCAAGGACCGUCUUCCCCGACGCAUGGACUCAACAGGCUACAGCCCCGUCAAGUUGCAGACCAGUUUCGGGCCACAAAUUAGAAGGAGCAUCCUAUAGGCUAAUCAGCUGGUAGUUUCUACCCAGCCUCAGCAUCCUCCCCCUCACAGAAGAGGAGAGUCGACAGCCGGUGUGCGUGGUGUUUUUUUGUCCGCUACCAUGGUGGAAAUGACGGAUCUCGCGUGCCUUCUUGUCCCGCUGGUGAUGCUCGUGGGGUCAACCUUCCAGACCGACGUGAAGAGCGUCAAAGAAGGGGAAAAAACGGGGAAUUUCAUGGAAGACGAGCAGUGGCUAUCCACCAUUUCACAGUACAGCCGCAAGAUCAAGCACUGGAAUCGGUUCAGAGAUGAUGAUUAUGUCCGUACCUGGGAUGAAAAUCAAGGUUCUAAUGACAAUGUAGACACCACCAAGGACCCCUGUCAGAAGGUUAAGUGCAGCCGACACAAGGUGUGUAUCGCCCAGGGCUACCAGAAAGCCGUAUGCGUCAACCGCAAGAAACUUGAACAUAGACUGAAGCAGCCCGCUCUCAGCUCUCCUGAUGGAGGCUGUCAGCCCUGUCCCAUCUCCUCCACCGGGCCUGUGUGUGGAUCAGACGGACGCAACUAUGCCUCAAAGUGCAAGCUGGAGCAGCAGGCUUGUCUUACAGGGAAGGAUCUUACCCUGAAGUGUUCAGGUCUGUGUCCUUGUGCAACCGCUGCCCCUACAUCCAUGGAGAGUAAACGUGAGAGCUGUACCGGACAGGAUCUGGCUGAUCUCGGGGAGCGUCUGAGGGACUGGUUCCAGCUUCUGCAGAGCAAUGCCAAGCAGAACAACAAUAGCAAGACUGGGGCCAGAACCACUGCAGCCAGCACCACAUCAGUGCUGGACAGGAGCCUGGUGGCCAGCUGUAAGGACUCCAUAGGCUGGAUGUUUUCUAAGCUGGACACAAAUGGUGACCUGUACCUGGACCAGGUGGAGCUGGCUGCCAUCAACCUGGACAAGUACGAGGUCUGCAUCCGGCCCUUCUUCAACUCAUGCGACUCCUACAGGGACGGCAAGGUCUCCACUGCCGAGUGGUGUCUCUGCUUCUGGAGAGAGAAGCCGCCCUGCCUGGCUGACCUUGAGAGGAUCCAAGUAUUAGACGGCGGGAAGAGAAGAGUUGGUCGAUUCAUCCCAAGCUGUGAUGAGGACGGCUACUACAGGAAGCAGCAGUGUGACAGGGGACAGUGCUGGUGUGUUGACCAGAACGGAGGAGAAGUAGCCGGAUCUAGGAUGCGCGGCAAGCCAGAUUGCGAUGAUGAAAUGGCAUAUUCAGGUGAUAUUGGAAGUGGGAUUGGAUGGGAAGACGAGGAGGAGAAGGAGGCUGAGGAGACUGCAGAAGAGGAAGAGGGAGAGGUAGGGGAGGUGGAUGAUGGGGGCUAUAUCUGGUAAACUCUGUAGUCCAACCACUCUACAAGAGCAUCUUGAUGAUCCUGAACACACACACACACACACACAGAUACUGCAAAGAGAUAGACGCAGUGACGCUCUCACACUCAGAGCAACAUUUGCUGAUGAAAAGGUGAAGGGGUAAGAUUGCACGGGUUGGGAGAGGGAAUAUGCAUAUGUUAUGGACGUAUUUAUUGUUAAAGGAUGUACUUUAAACAGGCAGGUUAUAGGUCUAGAGAAUGUUGACCCCCAUACUUGUGAAUCUUUGUUUUCUUCUGUUGUAAGUCCUUUGAACUCUCUUUGAGCAGUUUUUAGCUGAUGCCUAAUGGAGACUUUAAGCAGUUGCAGGUGCUUGGCAUGUGCUUACAUUGAAGAAUGUGGAGUGCAUUUCAAUAGUCCAAAUUGGCCUCUUUCAUCUUUUUCUGCAAAUGAAAAACAUUUAGAUAACCAGUUUGGAUUUCAGGCAGGAACCAGGCGAUAAAGAGAGGAAGCCACAUUUGAAUAUUGAAAAGCACCCUUUGAUCGUUUUCAUGUAAUUUGCUAUAUGUAGUCAUUCAUGAACUUAAUGAAAAAAUGUUUCUCAAGCAUCACACAUUCGCUUGUAUAUAAUGUGUGUAUCGGAAUACAGAGUGUCACCUACUAGUCCUGUUAUCAAUGCCUUGAAAGACUAGCAGAAUAUAGUGCUUAGCUGACAGGUGUACAUCAUAUCAUAAUGUGGAUCGAUUAUUGUGUUUAAUAAAAAAAAUUCAAAUAAAAUAAACUUGUUUAUGUGGCCCAGCUGUA